AUGUCGCUCUCCCUCAAAUCGCCCGGCUUGGAGCCAACAGCGAUCGAGAGCCCACCUUCAGGGCCCAGUGCCGUGACUCCGCAAGAUGAAUCCCGCGACGCAGCCUACAAAGCCAAGGCCGACGUGCUGAACAGAGCCCUACAGGAUAUCGGUAUGGGCCGGUACCAGUGGCAGCUGUUUGUAGUAAUCGGCUUUGGUUGGGCGAGCGACAACCUCUGGCCGAUCGUGACUUCGCUGGUGCUGACGCCGCUGUCGUAUGAGUUCCACGUCGCAAAGCCACCGCUGCUUACACUGGCGCAGAACAUCGGGCUGCUGGUCGGCGCGGUUUUCUGGGGGUUUGGCUGCGAUGUGUUCGGGCGUCGGUGGGCGUUCAAUUUGACCAUCGGGAUCACGGCCGUGUUUGGCCUGGUUGCGGCCGGGUCGCCCAGCUUUGGGGCGGCGUGCGCGUUCGCGGCGCUGUGGUCUGUCGGUGUGGGCGGUAACUUGCCGGUCGAUUCAGCAAUUUUCUUGGAGUUCCUUCCAGGCUCACAUCAGUAUCUGUUGGCCGUGUUGUCGGUAGACUGGGCGUUUGCGCAGUUGCUCGCGAAUCUGGUAGCAUGGCCGUUGCUGGGCAAUAUGACCUGCGGCGCGGCGGAGGGUUGUACCAAGGCUGAGAAUAUGGGAUGGCGGUACUUUCUGAUUGCGAUGGGAGGUCUGGCGAUGGCCAUGUCUGCGAUUCGGUUUCUCUUCUUCACUAUCUAUGAGUCGCCCAAGUAUCUGAUGGGCAAAGGGCGGAACCAGCAGGCCGUUGACGUUGUGCAUGAAGUCGCGCUCCGGAAUGGCAAAUCCUCCUGGCUGACUCGAGAGAUGCUGGAUCAUUUUGACAACGAGGAAUCCCCAGGCUCCACAGCCACCAAUAUCCUCCGUCAACGACUGGAGAAACUCCGCUUUGAACACAUUCGCGCGCUCUUCGAUACUCCCAAACGAGCGUUUUCAACGACGCUGAUCAUUCUCGUAUGGGCUUUAAUCGGGUUGGGAUUCCCCCUGUAUAACGCGUUUCUACCCUACAUCCAACAAUCCCGGGGCGCCGAGUUCGGUGACGGGUCAACGUACAUCACAUAUCGCAACUCCCUCAUCAUCGCAACGCUGGGUAUUCCAGGCUGUCUUCUCGGCGGGAUCCUGGUCGAACUGCGCAGUUUUGGGCGUAAGGGCGCUCUAUCCUCUUCGACUGCAUUGACCGGGGCCUUCCUUCUCGCAUCUACCACGGCGAGGACAUCAAAUGCACUGCUUGGUUGGAAUUGUGCCUACAGCUUCAUGAGCAGUCUGAUGUACGCCGUGCUGUACGCUUACACGCCGGAGAUCUUCCUGACCAAGGACCGCGGCACGGGCAAUGCGUUAACCGCAUCGGCCAAUCGUAUCUUCGGUAUCAUGGCCCCGAUUGUUGCAAUGUAUGCUAAUCUGAACUCUGCGGUGCCGGUUUAUGUGAGCGGAGUCCUGAUUAUUGUGGCUGGGCUGCUGGUAAUCCUCAUGCCGUACGAAUCUAGAGGCAAGGCGAGUCUUUGA